AUGCAGCGACACUUCUUCGGCGGUGCACGGAAUCCCUUGCGGCUCUUCGCCCACAAUUUUGUAGAUCAUGACUUUACGAGUCUGCCGAUACACGGCGAGGUCCAACACGGCGAAGUGCUGCCGGUUCAGAGGAUCUGGCACAUGCUCGACAAUUGUUGCUACCUGUCGAAUAUCCUUCCCUAUGUAGGGAGAGCUCCAGUCGGGACUAACGGGGGUCUCGGUGCCCAGAGGGGUUUCGCGGUCUGCGAUGCUGCCAUUGUCGGCCAAGCGAAGGAGGUACUCGCCCGUCUCGUUGUGUGA